AUGUUAAAAUUGGAAUUAAAUGGUUUACAUCCACGAUAUUUCAUGGCUAUAUUCAUAUUUAUCUUCAGUUUACUUUUAUUUGUUUUUACAAUUGCUUAUCAUCCUGAUAGUUCAUUAAAAAUAAAUAAUAUAAAUAUAACGAAAAUUUCUAAUGAACAACGUUAUCAACAUUAUUUAUAUUUUUCUCGAUCUGAACGUUUAUUAUAUCGUGAAAAAGCUCGACAAAUGUUUCAAUUUGGAUAUGAUAAUUAUAUGAAAUAUGCUUUUCCACAAGAUGAACUUGAUCCUAUUCAUUGUCGAGGACGUGGACCUGAUAUUGAAAGACCUGAAAAUUAUAAUAUAAAUGAUGUACUUGGAGAAUUUUCUCUAACAUUAAUUGAUAGUCUUGAUACACUUGCUGUUAUGGGAAAUUUUUCUGAAUUUCAACAUGCUGUUAAACUUGUUAUUGAUCAUGUUCAUUUUGAUCGAAAUUCAACUAUACAAGUAUUUGAAGCAACAAUUCGUGUACUUGGUGCACUUCUCUCAGCACAUUUAUUAAUUGUUGAUCCAUUACAGCCCUUCGGCAAUUUAAGAAUAGAAGAUUAUGAUAAUGAAUUACUUGAUCUUGCUCAUGAUUUAGCAUCACGAUUAUUACCUGCUUUUGAAAGAACUCCACAAGGUUUACCAUAUCCUCGUGUAAAUUUAAUGACCGGUGUGGUUGAUGGAUCAAGAAAUGAUACAUCAACAGCAGGUGCUGGAUCCCUUUCAUUAGAAUUUAGUAUUUUAAGUCGACUUGUGGGAGAUCCAGUUUAUGAACAAGUUGCUCGACGAGCUGUUCAUUCAUUAUGGGCUAAACGAAAUAAUGUUACGGGACUAUUAGGUAGUGUAAUUGAUGUAAAUAGUGGUGAAUGGCUUGGUCAAUUAUCAGGUCUUGGCGCCGGUAUUGAUUCAUUUUUUGAAUAUCUUCUUAAAAAUUAUAUUUUAUUUGGAGAUGAAUCUGAUUUACUUAUGUUUGAUGAUGCAUAUCAAAGUGUAACUCAAUAUCUUCGUCGAGGUCGAGUUAAUUGUAUGGAUGAAGAAGGUAUUCAUCCAAUAUUUGUUAAUGUUAAUAUGCAUACAGGACAAUUAGCAACAACAUGGAUUGAUGCAUUACAAGCAUCAUUUUCUGCUGUACAAGUUUUACGUGGUGAUAUUGAUGAAGCUAUUUGUUUACAUGCACUUUAUUAUUCAAUAUGGAGAAAAUUUGGUGUUUUACCUGAACGUUUUAAUUGGCAAAUAAAAAUGCCUGAUGUUUUAUUUUAUCCUUUAAGACCAGAAUUUAUCGAAUCAACUUAUUUUUUAUAUCAAGCAACUAAAAAUCCUUUUUAUUUACAUGUUGGAAGAGAUAUUUUAGAUAAUUUAAAUACUUAUACGAAAGUGGAAUGUGGUUUUGCUACUGUGCAUGAUGUUCGAGAUAAAACUCUUGAAGAUCGUAUGGAAUCAUUUUUUCUCAGUGAAACAUGUAAAUAUUUAUAUUUGUUAUUUGAUGAAGAUAAUUAUUUAAAUCAACAUGGUGCAAAUCAUUAUAUUUUUACAACCGAAGCACAUAUCAUUCCUUUGAUGGCAAAAUUAAGAAAAAAAGUUUGGGAUUUAAAUGAAAUGACAUCUUCUUAUGUUGAAAAGAAAGAAAAUUCAAUCGAUGAACAAAUGCAUACAAAUGAACAUGAAUUAAUUAAUAUUAAUAGAGAUCUGAUUAAAGUCGAAAGAAAUACUAUUUCAAUUAAAAAAAAACGAGCAAAUGAAACGAGUGUAAGUAGAAUUUGUUUUCCAGGAAAUUUCAUAAAUAAUUAUAGAUACACAGAGUGAGUCAAAAGUAACAAGACAAAUAAGUUUUUCAAAUUUUUUCUUUGUAAAUAUUCAAUUAGAUCUCAUCUUUUUACCGCAUAUACAAGAUGAUAGUAUUCAAAGAUGCAGAAACUUGUUCAAAAGUGUAUAAAUAAAAUGAAACUUGCGAGUGAAGUUAUGUCGACGAGCGUGUGAAUAACAGGGCUCCGAAUAGGCCGAGAGUGUUUUUAAGUUUGCUGGGAAAGAAUAUUGGGUGGAACAAUUUUUCGACGUGCUUCGAUGAGAGGAUUACUGUGUCUAUUUGGUGAAACUAUUUUUUUGACCGUAAGUACUUUUUUCUAAUUGUGACAGUUGUUUUUUGAGAAAUUUUUGCGCUGGUCAUCUGAUAAAGCUCGAAGUUUCGGAAAAAAGCGCUGUACUAAUUAGAAAAGAGGACUUAUCGUGAAACAAAUAGUUUCACCCAAGAGACACAGCAAUCCUCUCAUCGAAUCACGUCGAAAAAUUGUUCCACCCAAUAUUCUUUCCCAGCAAACUUGAAAACACUCUCGGCCCAUUCGGAGCCCUGGUGAAUAAGUACGUGAGCGAUUACAACUUUGCAAAGACUUAGAAGGUGAACAAAUUGAGCAAGUGAUUACGAUGACUUUCAGAUCAAGAGCUAUUGUCGUUUUAUUGAAAUUUUUAUUAAUGUAAGACUAAGGCAUUUCCUAAAAAAUCUAAAGCAAAGAUUAUUGACUUAUAAUUUUGUCUAUAGACAAAAUUUCAGGCCAACAAGCUUUGCGGCGAGUUUUUGAGAAUUACUUGCUUUGAUCUUAGUAAAAAUAUCAUUAAAACGAUCAUAACUUUUCAUCACUAGAUUAUGACUUCAGCCCCCCCCCCCCCCCCAAAAAAAAUCAAUUUUCCGAAAAAACAGAGAAAAAAGCCGGGGGACCUAACCCUUGGUCUUCUCUUUCUAUACGGAAUAAAAAGUUUACCCGAGACCUCAUUUU